AUGGUAGCCAAAACGGGUUGGAAGAUAGGAGACAUGCGCAGUGGUGUAACUACAAAUAGAAUUAUAAAUUUUAUAAACUGUAUUGUUUGUGUAUAAACGCUGAGAUCUAUUAGCAAAUCUUACAUUUAAUAAGAAGGACGAACUGUUUAAUCGGUUGCUUUGCUCCGAGUGUCUUUCAUGACCGAUGAUUUAGCUCGGAGUCACUUUUAAAAGGUUCUACGGUUAUUUUCGGAUUUAUUUUGCAAGCUGAAUUAUGGAAGUUCUGCAGAAAUCCGAGGGAGAAAAUCUGAAGUAUAAACCUGGAGGUCGUUUGGACAUGAGUCACGGUUUUCUGCACCAUAUCCGGAGAAAUCAGAUCGCCAGGGACGACUAUGACCGGGAGACUAAACAGGCCAAGCAGCAGCAGAAGCGCAGACAUACAGCAGUGCCACAACGUCCACGCCGUCCAGACCGGGAGGUUUAUAACCCGCGCCAUCGAGGUGGCUCGGAGGCUGGCACCGGUGUGGAGCCCGAGGAGUGGAACGAGAGCAGCUCGGGCACAGAGCAGGAGAACGCGGGCACCGAACUCUUCUGGCUCGACUACCAGGCCGACAGCGGCCACGUCACAUCGUUCAUCGUUUACAAGACGGAUGAUCCGGAGAGCGUGGCAGACCGGGUGGAGCAAAGCAACGUUCUGGAUUCAGCCAUGAGAGCCGCCCUGCUGGCACGAAUCGGGAAAGAAAUGGACAAACGACGAGACAAACGCUGAACCGGACGUCGGAAACGAAGCCACGAUGGACCGAAGACUCGUGGACUGUGAAUCAGACGCUCCAGCGACAGAGAGGAGAUCUAACGGUGCGGUGCGUUAGUGCUCUGGACUCGAGAAGUUCAUCCGAACGUUAAAAGUCGUUAAUAUAUAACGAGGGACGACGGAUGAAACUCCGCGGCGGAUUGUUGUACAUAAUAAAUUAUAUUUAUUUAGUGACGUUUUGGUGUUUUCUGGCUGUAGUGCACAAUAAAAUAUAAAUAUUCUCAGCA